AUGUCGCUAUUACCUCCCCAAUCAACCAACAGUCGGACCGCUCACUCCACGUUCUGGGCUGGGAAAUGGAAGGCCUACAUCAUGCCCAUGAUAAUGGCUGGCUUCUUACUCCAGCUGCUCUUCCUCGGCAACAUGUCAUAUCUUUUCGGCGCCCUGUUCAAGUCAACCACCCGCAUGCACAAUCUUAAGAUCCUGGCCAUCGACUUUGACGGCGGUGAUAUCGGAAACGCCAUAUCGAGCGCCUACAGCAACUUGAAGUCUGACGAGUUUCCGAGCCUCGAAUUUGGCUCAUCGUCAGAGUACCGGACGCCCGAGUCAGUCCGCAAGGCUGUCUGCGAUCGUGGCUAUUGGGGCGCCAUCUAUACACAUUCUGGCGCAUCCAAACGACUCCUCACUGCGAUCGAAGGCGAUAACACCACGGUCUACAAUCCCAGCGAUGCUGUCACCUAUAUCUUCAAUGGCGCCUAUUAUCCUGCGAUUGCCUCAUCCUUCAAGGGCAGCCUGCAAACUCUACUCAGCGUCGCGGCCAAGCUUUACCCUCUCGCGUCUCCAGAUGCCUUGAAAGCUGUCAACAUGACCAACCCGAUGUCCGCAGGCGCUCUGCUCAACCCUUUCGAAGCAACCGCUUGGGAUAUUAUGCCAACCAACCAAGGAACUCGAGUUCUCCUGAACACCGUAUCAAUGGUGAUGCCGAUACUCAUGCAGUUCUUUUUUCAAAUGGCCUUGAACGGCAUUAUGGGCAAUGCGAAGGUACUAGAGACCCAGUCCAAGCGCGACAUCUACGUCUUCCGACUAGGUUCGGGCAAGAUCUACACCUUUAUCUCUUCUCUAGUAACGACUGGUUAUUUCUGGGCGUUCCGCGAGGGUUGGGGUGUGACAUCCGGUCAAUUCUUGGAGACGUGGAUGUGCAUCUGGUUGUACAUGGACAUCAACUAUCUUCUUCUCGAUACCGUCAUCGGCACCGUCAUUCCUAUGCAGUUCCUUUCUUUCUUCGUCCUCACAUGGGUCAUCGUGAACAUUGCUUCGACCGUCUACCCGUUCGACCUCACACCAGGCUUUUACCACUGGAGCUGGGCCUUACCCGCGCACGACAUCUGGCUCUUGCUAGUCGGAAUUUGGUCCGGCUGCCGUUCGAGCCUCGGUAAAACUCUACCUAUUCUGUUCGCUUGGUGGCUUGUCGUCCACUUCAGCAGUGCUUGGUCCGUCCGAAGGAGGUGCUUGAUGGCAGAGGUUGAGGCACAGCGUGCAAGGCCCACAGGCGAUAAGUUCACUCAAUACACCACUGCGCCGAGCCAACAAUCUGUGCUUGAGAGGAUGUCGACCCGAGCCUCAGGGCAAGCUGCGAAAGAGAGAAGUUCGGAUAACUACGACUUGGAGGCGAUUAGAUCGACUUGGAGAGAACCUACCGAACAGUAA